AUGUCGGCCGCCAUCUCGGCCUCGGAGAAGGUGGACGGAUUCCCCUGGAAGUCUGUGCGGAAGGCUCAGCGGCAGCGGCGUUCCCAGGGGUCGUCCCAGUACCGAGCGCACGCCACGGUCCCCCCUGUCGAACUGUCCCCCCUGCCCCCACUGAAGGAUGCGCCCAGCUCAGAGCAGACGGAGCUGUUCCAGCAGAAGUUGCAGCAGUGCUGUGUUCUGUUCGACUUCUUCGACUCCGUCAUCGAUCUGAAAAGUAAAGAGAUCAAGAGAGCGGCGCUGAACGAGCUCGUGGACUAUGUGUCGACAAACCGUGGCGUCCUGGUGGAGGCGGCGUAUCCUCAGAUCAUCACCAUGGUGAGACCCAGGACUCCACUCUCUCCUUUCCCCUCUCCCCGCCUCUCCUCCCCCUGCUCCUCUGUCAUCAGCAUGUCCCAGCUGCAGGUGGAUCAUUAG